AUGUCGAUGAACAGGCUGCGGCAGCCCGUGGCGAACUUCGUCACACUUUCGUCUCGUCUUCCUAGGACCAGCCGAUUAGUCGUGAGACCAUGGAGAAGAUCUUAUGCUAGUAGCAAUAACGAGGCGUCAGGACCAUCCAGUUCUUCUUCAAGCUGGCUCCGCAACGCACUAGGCUUGGGUGGUACGGCCACCGCCGCCUUUCUGGCCUAUACGUAUGUAACGGCCGGAGGGGAUCUUGAAAGUGCCAUUGAAGCGAAGACCAAGACCACAAAGAUCCCUGGGGACUUGGACUCGCAAUAUGUGCAUGAAAGGAGAAGUUUGAAAAGCCCCGGUGUCUUUCUAUGGGGCACAAACGCUUAUCGCGUCGUUGAUCCCAAUUCAAAAGAGACAGUGAUCAAGGCCCCUCGAAGCUUUGCUUAUUUCGACGGUGAGGUGCUUCGAGACCUUAAACUUGGAGAGAAGUCCGGUGCGGCAAUCACCGAGAAGGGUGAUCUAGUGCAAUGGGGCAAAGGAUACUCGGACACCGAUUUCAAACCUACUAGGACUUUGAUUGGCAAGGACUUAACCUCAGUGUGCAUGUCGAAUGAUCGCAUACUCGCAUUGGCAUCAAACGGGAGUGUGUACUCUCUGCCUAUCGCAAAAAAUGAUCAAGAAUCUGGUCGGAAGCCCAAGGAAAGUUCUUGGCUACCUUUCCAAUCCUUCGCCGCUGGUGUAAGCUACCGAUUGCUCGAACCCGCCUUAAAGCUUGGUGAAAAGGUCACUGCAAUUAGCGGUGGACUACAACAUGCUCUUCUCCUUACCAGCUCUGGUCGAGUUUUCUCUGUCGCUUCUUCGACCGAGAGUUACCCCUCGUUUGGUCAACUGGGUGUACCAGGAUUGACUUGGUCGACCCGACCUCAAGGCUCGGUUGAUGCCUGUCAUGAGGUAAAAGCGCUGGGCAACUCUAAGAUCACUCAGAUUGCCACCGGUGAUUACCAUUCUCUGGCUCUCAGCAAGGACGGUACCGUUUACGCGUUUGGUGACAACUCUUUUGGACAACUGGGCUCUGAAUUCGACCCUGCUUCUCCAUUUAAUGACACCCCAACCCCUGUUCCGCUGAAGACCCUAUAUCCCGGCAAUAUAUGGCUGCCCAAAGUGACUACGAUUGCAGCAGGCGGCGCCAAUAGCUUCUUCACCGUAGAUGCUCAGCGGAUCCUGGGUCCCGGCGAGGACCGUUUUGCUGUACGUGAUUUGGGUCGAAUCACAGCUGACACCUGGACUUGUGGAAGAGGCAUCUGGGGUGCUCUUGGAAACGGCAGGUGGACCCAUCUGCAGGACGUGCCCACCAAGGUGAAGACUUUGAGUGGUUUGUUCGAGUACAACGAACGUACCAAGGCACUCUCCCCUAUUCGCUUACGCGAGAUUUCAGUCGGCACGACGCACGCCUCGGCAGUCCUAGACAACACAGCCCACGUUGAGGCAUCCGCCACAAGUUCCCUGGAAAAGCGUGACGACUGGGGCUAUGAUGCAUUGUUCUGGGGUGGAAACGAGAAUUUUCAGCUUGGCACAGGCAAGAGAAGCAACAUGUCCAGGCCGACACAUAUCAACGCACCUCCGGAGCCGGGUGCAAAGGAUGACAAGCAAGAGGCACGGCUUCAAAUCAUGCCUCGCCACAAGGCCAAAGUGGGUAGCCGCACUGUGAGCAUGGAGCAGCGCAUCGAGUGUGGCCGGCAUAUUUCUGGUAUCUACUCAACUGUAUGA